ACAAAUGUAGAAGGUAACCAGAAGAAGGUGUGUAAUGCUUGCUUGGUACACUAGACAGCUGACUUCUCGUCCACUUUUAACUGGCAUUUGGUCCACAGCCUCCAUUCUCUUAACCGGUGACGUCAUAGCUCAGCAGCUGAUAGAAAGACGAAAGAAACAUGACUGGAUGCGCACUGCAAGGAUGACUGCGAUUGGCGGGUUUUUCGUAGCACCAAUUCUCCGCAAUUGGUACCUCGCUCUUGACAAGAUGUUUGGAAGUCAGAUGUUGCUUUCAACUGCUGCGAAGAAGUUAGUAACAGAUCAACUGUUGUUUGCUCCAUGUUUUGUGGCUGCAUUUAUCAUCGUCAACAAUCUGCUGCAAGGAAGUCCAUUGGAGUACGGAAACAUUAUAGUUACCAACUGGAUGCUCUGGGUACCAGCCCAAGUGCUCAACUUCAGACUGAUUCCACUUCAGUACAGGCUGAUGUUUUCCAAUGUUGUGGCUCUGUUUUGGAAUACUUACUUGGCCUACAAAGCCAACUCUCAAACUAGUCCUGAAGAUGCGAAAAUUGUUUUGUUUACGGAGGAUAGUUAAAUAUUUCAUUGUUUUUACGGUUUUUGUUUUUUAAUGAUAUUUUUGUAACUUAUCUAUCAGUUACAAUAUGAAAACUAAUUUAUUAGCUCAAUUUUUGAGUUUAUCAACAAAUGGAAUAUGUGUACUCAGUGUUUUUGAUAUUAUAUUUUUUGUUCUACUUUUAUAUAGUUAAGUUAUAGUUAAGACGAUUUAUUCGAGACUUGGAAACAGUUGUGUGCCGUUUACUUGUUAUAAUAA